CCAGUGACACAAUGCUGAAUCGGAACUUUCAGUCCAAAUGUUCUUUCUUUUACACGCAGUAACAAGACAAAAAAAUGGACUAAAACAACUUUUGGAGCGAGAAGCGGCUUCGUGUCACCCCUCCCACCCAUUACACGGUCACACAGACACCAGGCGAGUCUGUCUGCAGCUAUAAAGAGCAGCUGUCGGCUGAGACACGGUACUCGUCCUAGAUCGGUGCAGGGGUCUGUCUGGAGCCUUGUGGACGGAUAAACUCCCAGUAUCCUGCAGCCAAACCAACUAUUCAUAUCCUCUCCAGCGACAUGAUGGAUUGCCACACCAUUCAUUACAGACAUCCAUGACGCAGAGGAAAUGAAUCCGAAUCACUUUGAUGAUCCCUGACGGACCUGACUUCAUCUAACGCCAUCAUCAGAGAGAGUGCAUCUCCAUCCACGUGGGCCAGGCAGGUGUCCAGACAGGAAACGCCUGCUGGGAGCUCUUCUGCCUCGAGCACGGCGUUGGUCCUGAUGGCGUCUCCCUGGACAGUCCUGCAGAACCCAACUCUCGUGAAGACCCAUUCAACACUUUCUUCAGUACUGGGAGCUAUGGGCGUCAUGUUCCCAGAGCAAUCUACGUGGACCUGGAGCCCACCGUGGUUGAUGAAGUGAGAGUUGGGAUGUACAGAGAGCUUUUCCACCCCGAGCAGCUGAUCUCUGGAAAGGAGGAUGCCGCCAACAACUACGCUCGAGGCCAUUACACUGUCGGGAAAGAAAUCAUUGAUGAUGUCAUGGAGCGUAUUCGUAAAAUGUCGGACCAGUGCACUGGCCUUCAGGGGUUCCUGGUCUUUCACAGCUUUGGAGGUGGAACCGGCUCUGGCUUCACCUCCCUGCUGAUGGAGCGCCUGUCUGUCGACUACGGCAAGAAAUCCAAGCUGGAGUUUGCAGUGUACCCAGCUCCCCAGGUGUCGACUGCUGUGGUGGAGCCCUAUAACGCCAUCCUGACCACCCACACCACCUUAGAGCACUCCGACUGCGCCUUCAUGGUGGACAACGAGGCCAUCUAUGACAUAUGUCGUCGCAACAUGGACAUUGAGAGUCCUUGUUACAUCAACCUCAACAGAUUGAUCGGUCAGAUCGUUUCCUCAAUCACCGCCUCCCUGCGUUUCGAUGGCGCCCUCAAUGUGGACCUGAUGGAGUUCCAGACCAACCUGGUCCCAUUUCCACGUAUCCACUUCCCUCUGGUUACCUACUCGCCCAUCAUCUCUUCUGAGAAGGCCUACCACGAGCAGCUGACUGUGACUGAGAUCACCAGUGCCUGCUUCGAGCCGCUCAAUCAGAUGGUCAAGUGUGAUCCCCGUCACGGAAAGUACAUGGCGUGCUGCAUGCUGUACCGAGGCGACGUCGUCCCAAAGGAUGUAAACGCUGCAAUCGCAAAUAUAAAGACCAGGCGUUCCAUUCAGUUUGUCGACUGGUGCCCAACUGGAUUCAAGGUGGGCAUUAACUACCAACCUCCCACUGUAGUUCCUGGUGGAGACCUGGCCAAAGUCCAGAGGGCUGUGUGCAUGCUGAGCAACACCACGGCCAUUGCUGAGGCCUGGUCCCGUCUCGACCACAAGUUCGACCUCAUGUAUGCCAAGCGUGCGUUUGUCCACUGGUAUGUGGGUGAAGGCAUGGAAGAGGGAGAGUUUGCAGAGGCCAGAGAGGACCUGGCCUGUCUGGAAAAGGAUUACGAGGAGUUGGGUCACAUGAGCUCCGAUUCUGAAAAUGACGACGAGGGCCAAGAAUAUUGAACAUCGUGAGGCUGUGACGGCUGCACAGCAGUGACUUUAUCCUUUACCAAGUCAUUAAAGAUUUUAUACCUGUGCUGUGUAUCUUUUAAGAUGGAGUUAACCAAAUUAAUGAUCUUUCUCACUGCCAUGUUUAUAUAUUGUCAACUACUACUGACAACUCUAUGUUGCUGUGAAAUAAAGUAAAGUAACAAAGACGAUGCCAUGUAACCACGUCCCCAUUAUAAAUUCACCUGGAGAACACUU